UCCCCUUGGUCGUGGUCGUGGUGAAUUAGGUGCCAGUGUCCACCUACUUCAGCACGGGGCAACACGGAGGCUCUGGGGGCCUCGCACCGGUCUGCCAUGGAUAUCGAUAUGAAUAUCUUCCACGGCGAGCUGCGCGCGCGGCUGCAGCGUGUGGAAGCCGGGCGCGAGGAGCGCGUAGCGGCCGGGACGUACGACGGCGUGCCGAGCGUGGCGGAGCUGCUGGCGGGCAGGGACGUGCUCGUCACGGGGGGCUCGGGCUUCCUCGGCCGCGUGCUCCUCGAGAAGCUUCUGCGCAGCUGCCCCGACAUCGGCACCGUGUUCCUGCUGCUGCGGGCCAAGCGCGGAGUGCCACCUGAGGAGCGCGUCGCCGGCAUCGUCAACGUGCCGCUGUUCGACCAGCUACGCCGGGAGCAGCCGACGGCCAUCUCCAAGCUGGUGCCCGUGGCCGGGGACUGCGCGGAGCUGGGCCUCGGGCUGUCCCCCGAGGACCGCGCCAUGCUCCAGGACCGCGUGUUCAUCGUGUUCCACGGCGCCGCGUCCGUCCGCUUCGACGACCCCGUGAGCAAGGCGGUGCUGAUCAACACGCGCGGUGCCCGGGAGGUGGCCGCCCUCUGCGCCGGGAUGCGCCAGCUGCAGACGCUGGUCUACGUCUCGACCGCCUACACGAACAUGGACCAGCACUGGGUCCAGGAGCGGCUGUACCCGACCCAGAUGGACUGGCGGACGAUGAUAGCCGCCUCGGAGAACGCCGACACGGCGGCCACCAUGAACUCUCUGGGGCAAAAGUUGCUCGGCCACCAACCCAACACGUACACCUUCAGCAAGGCGCUGGCCGAGCAAGUGAUGGCCGAAGCGGCAGCGACCAUUCCCAUCGUCAUCGUCAGGCCUGCAAUAGUGAUCGGCGCGGCCAAAGAGCCCCUCCCAGGCUGGCUGGAUAACGUCAACAGCCCGGCCACCAUAUGGGUCGGCGUGAACAUGGGGGUCUUGCGUGUGAGCAAGCUGUCUAAGCCAGAGGUCCGCUACGACUGGAUGCCUGUCGACGUCGUCACCAAGGCCACCAUCGUGGCGGCGUGGGCCAAGGCCACCAAGCAACUGGGGAGCGACGUGUUGCCCGUGGUGAACGCAGCCCUCUCGGACGUGCACCCCGUUACGGAGGAGCAAAUAACCGAGAUAUACAACGAGAUGACGCGUCGAACCGUGCCUUUUAGCAGCGCCGUCAGAUACCCGGUCCACAUCCAUUGCAAAUGCUGGAUCCAGUACGCGGUAAUUUACCUCGUCUAUCACCUUAUGUUCGGCCUCAUCAUGGACGCACUGCUGCGACUGGCUGGAAAGAAACCUCGGCUUAUAAAGGUUUAUAGAAAAAUAGCAGCCGCAGAAGUUGUUUUGGUCCCUAUCGCUGAAAGAUUACGAAACAUUAGGUUCGAAACAUGUGGAUUCUGGGAUCUUCAGAGGCUCAUGCAUCCUGAUGAUGUCAAAAAUUUUGAUUUUGAUCUUGAUAGCCUAGAUCCGAGAGUUGAUUCCAUUAGCAUGUUAAAAGGAAUUUGGCAGUAUACCUUAAAGGGUAAAUUUGACAAAGAAAAUGGACUUCGACAUAUUGAUAGAUUGUUUUGGAUGGAGAUUGGUUUCUAUGUUUGCCUGGUAGCAAUAUUGAUAUACUUGUAUCUACCAAUUUAGACCAGGGAAACAACAGAACCCAUAACUAAACCACACCAUAUGAUAUAAAAAAUGUUGUUUUGAAGAAAAAAAAAUAGUUUAUAGUGAAGAUAAAUUUAAUUUAUUCCUCUUUUCAGUUUUUGACCCAUAGUACGAACAGUAUUCUCAACAAUGAUUAUGCACAUCCAGUUAUUGAAAGAUGUGUACUGAACAAUAAAAAAAUGUAAAUGCAUUGGAUUGGUGCAAAGAAUAACAAUAUGUUUAUAAAUGA